AACAAUGAUGAACAAUGUUGAAUGUAGUUGAUUAACAAACAAACAAAAUUCAAUAAUAUAAUUGUAAUUAAUUGAUUGUUCUCAGUAAUAUAAAUACUGAAGUAUUGGUUAGACUUUUAACCAGUUCAAUCAUCUUCAUCAUUAAUUUUUUUUGAGUGAAACAAAUCAACAAUCAAUUUUCUCGACAAAAUGCGAUUCAACAUUUUAUUGAUUUUUACAUUGACAAUCGUUGCGAUUGUUUCGGGUUAUGAAAACAAUCUUGCCCGCAGUUUAAUUACCAAUAAUAAUCGUUUAAAAAAAAUGAUCGAAAAAAAUGCUCAAAAAUAUGGUAAUGAAACGGAUCAAUCGUUUAUCGGACGUAUGCAAACGUUUUCGAGAUAUGUUGAUGAAUUGAUGGUAAAUCUUGAACAAUUUAUGAAAAAUGAAAAACUUAAUGAUAUUGAUCGACCAUUUUUUCAAUCAGUUGAAGAAGAAUUAGUAUUAAUGCAGAAUACGAUUGAAUAUGAAUUGAAAGAUUAUGAAGAACAACAACAACAUCAUCAUCAUCAUGAUACCCAUAAUGAUGAUGAUCAUCAUCAUGGUAAUGAUACCCAUAAUGAUGAUCAAAAAAAAUUCAUUCUUGCCGAUGCAUUGUUCAAAGAUGGAGAAAAUCUUAAAAAACGAGUGGAAAAAGAUUUAAAAAAUCCCAAUUACAAUGCUAACUUGUUGAAAUUAGUUCAAAAAGAUUUUGAAGUUCUUGAUCAUAUGUGUAAUCAUUUGAUAAUGUUUAAAAAAAUUCCUCAAUAUGAUCUUCAUCAAACAUAUCAAUUAUAUCAAAUUGAACAGGAAUCGAUUAUCAUUCAAAAUCGUUUGAUAAAUCGUUUGAUUCAAUUACGAAAAAAAAAUAAAAAUAUUAGCAAUGGUCAUAUUUCUAUCAUGAACAACUAUUCAACUAUGACUGUUAUUAUUAUUGUAUUGUUUAUUAUUUGUAUAUAAAUGUUUGUUUGUCAAUGAAUAAAGAAA